CACUGGUGGCGUAGCGGCGCUGCUAUCGAAGUUGCGGGUGGCCGAAAGCAGUUAUCGAGCACUUUGUUGAGCGUCUUUAUUUUUGCCAGCGAUCGUAGGGAAUGUCACAAGCCGUAGCAAAUACAGUAUGCAGUUGACGAAAUGGCCUCGACGCCCGAACAAGUUGUCUGCACACCGACUUUUGUGUUUCCAGCCGCCUUCCCAGAAACAUACGGCAAAUUGCUGAUUGCCGAAGCGAGCAGCUGUUACGGAUUUGACCCUCGACAGCACCUGGCCAACUUUCACGCCACUGCCCCUCCAGCAGCCAGCAGCGUGCCCCAACCAGUGGUGCAGAACUCUGAGGAGGCUGCUCACCAGGGUCUCAAAGCAGUCAAGUCACAGCCACGCAGCUCCCUGACAACGCUCAAGAUUCCACAGGUGCCAGCAAGCGACUUUGGCCGCAGCCUGGGGUCAGCUCCUGUUGCCUUCCCGGGCAUUGAGCCACACAAGGCGGCGGCUGCACCUGCCCAGAAAGUGGAAGCGUCAGUGGCUUCUGAGAGCCCCAAAGGGGACAAACUGUGGCCCUGCCCAUCUUGCAAGGUGCCUUUCAAGGCAGCCUCUGAGCUGCAGCAGCACUUAGGCCAGCACACGCGCUCAGAGCGAGCCGUUGGGGCAGUGCCCUGUGAGGUGUGUGGAAAGUUGUUUGCUUCAGCGGAGCGAGUCCGAGCUCACGUGCGGGCAGCUCAUGGUGAGAAGGCCUGCGCCUGUGACAUCUGUGGCAGCGGCUUCAGCUACCGGUGCAAGUUGCUGGAUCACAUGCGGACGCACACGGGUGACAAGCCGUUCCGGUGCGAGGUGUGUGGAAAGAGCUUCUCGCAGAAGAACCACCUGACGCGCCAUGCCAUGAUCCACACGGGUGAGCGGCCGUUCCCGUGCGACUUCUGUGGGCGGGGCUUCUACCGCAAGGACAAGCUGGCCCGGCACCGGCGCGUGCACACAGGUGAGCGCCCCCACGUUUGCCUAGUGUGCGGCAAGAGCUACGGCCGCCGAGAGAAGCUGGCGCGCCACCUGCGAGCUCAUGCGGGCGAGCGGCCCUUCGGCUGCUCCCAGUGCGGCCGCCGGUUCCUCGAGCCCCGGGACUUGAGCCGACACAAAUGCGCCGCCCCCCCUUGUUCCAGUGGGCAGCAGCAGCACCAGCAGCAGCAGCAGCAGCAGCAGCAGCAGCAGCCAGCCGAGAGCCUCCUGCUCCUCGCCGGGGGUGGUCCCCUCGCGGGGCUCUACCAGCGGCUCCAGCAGCAAGGUGCCGGCAGCACCACCGCCAAUGCCCCCCCAGCUGGGCAGCCCCAACCAGACAACCCCUUUCGGCCCCGGCAGCUUCAAACCUGACUGGCAGCCACCUGCCAGUCUGGCCAGUCCCCGCCACUGACUGUGAGAGUGCCGCCUGCAUCUGCUGCAGCUCGGAAAUUAUUUUCCCGUACUAGCCGGACUUGCGUGUCUUUAGGCACUGGAGGGUGUCACUCUGUGCCUGCACUUAGUAGGUGCGACGGCCCCAUACCCCAUAGGGCAGGGCUUAUCACCAGCUGACCUCUUGCAGCCAUUGCAAUUCAGUAUGUGUUUUGCUCAAGUUUUGUUUCCUAGAAGAGAUGUAUGCAUGAGCAGAAGAUGAACAGUUGUGUGCUGCGAGAAUUACAUCCUUUAACGAAGUGAUACACGUGUGGAAAUGUAUGCAGAUUUGAAUGUCCAGGUUUUUAUUUUUCUGCUUUUAUCCUUUUAGCCUUGCAUUGUCACGCCUUUGUAAAAAAAAUCUUCUAGUAGACGUAUGUCCUCUUGCGUGUAGUCGUAAUGCUCAAUUUCUUUCUUUCUUUCUUUUUUUUAAUGUGUAGUGUUCAUUUCCUGGUACUGUUCUCUGUCAAAGUCAGUACGUCUGGUAACUGUAUGGAUGGAUCAUUAAGGAAAACAUACUCAUAUGUAGAAGAUGCACCAAUUUUGAUUUCCUGCCUUUUUCAUUCUGCACGUUUGAGUGUGCGUUUGUGUGUGUGUAAAAAUUUCAAUAUGAUCACCAUGCAGGAAUGUAGUCACAGGCCCUGUUGGGACUGCAAUCAUCUACUUAAUUCACUAAAAUGUUUAUGUACAGGAUGAUUGUGCUAGUUUUCCUCGCUUUCUCGGCCUACACCACCAUAAAAGCACAAUUUGCGGACUGUGCAAGUCUGAAAGCUGUGGUGCAAAUUUGUUUCCUGUAGUGGUCGUGCAUGAAUCCAACAGGUAAUUGAAUUACUUUGUUAGUUUUAACAUUGUCGUGGAGCGGCAUAGAAACAUGACCCCUUUGUGUUUCUUGCCAUGCCUGCUCGGCAAAUUCUGCCACACGUGCUUUCACAUGGUAGAGAAGGAAGACAUAGUAAUGGACAUGGUAGAGCAUGAAGACAUAGUCAUGGCAUGGCUUCAUGUUGUACUGCAUAGUGUCAUGCACUAUGCUUUUGUUUAGCUGGUGUGGAAGCCAAUGAAAGAAGAUCACAUGCAGCGUGGCAUUGAAGCUACUGGCAGUUACCCUAAAGUGUUAGUCAAGAAAGUGCGGCUUGUGAGGACUGACUUGUGUAGUGUAAGGGGGGCAUGAGUGUCUGCCCUGUCAUUUUCUUUGUUAUUAUCAAGCGUUAUAAGCAAAAACAACUUUAUGUACGUUGACCACAUUGAUGUUAUAGUUUCUUUCUUCACAUUUCUUGUACAAAGACAGGAGACACAAGGUGGAGUAGGUUACUGAAAGAUGAGUGUUUUUGUAAAUUGGUCAAGUUUGCAUGGGUAUAUACAAAAAUGGUGCUGAACAGAAUGAGCACCCUUCAAAAACAUUUAUAAAAGUGGCUUGCCAACUCUUUUUUAGGUGGCGUUAAUUGUAGCCCAAAUAAGACUUGUUGCGUAAAGACAUCUACUGCACUGUUGCCACAUGGUAACAACAGCCAUGUGAAGUAAGCCAAUAGGAUUCAGCUGUAGUGGUGAUCUUUGACAGGAUGAACACCAACUGAAUGCUUACAAAGGACAAGGUGGGUGCCUCACCUCAAUCACCGAAGGUACUCACCAGCCUCACCAAAGGUACUUCUGGGCAUGCACUGAGGCAUGCAGCUUAUGUGAGCCGAUUUGAGGUUCUGUUCUCGCACAUCUGCUUGUCCAUGCACUCUUCCUCUACCAGGUAGGUAAUCCCCCUAAUAUGGAGUGCUUGAUGUCAGUUCGGUGCCUGUGAUACACACUACAAGGGUUAGUUUUUGGCCACCUGCCCACUAAGAAAAUAAAGAAAAAGUUGCCUGUGGAAGCAGCUUAUGUUCUCUGCAACAUACAGACCAUGGAAAAAGCAUGAAUAGUGGCAUAGCCAGUUUCUUCUUUGUUGAAGUGUUUUCAUGCACCUACAACAAUAUUGAAAUGAUCUGGGUUUAACCAGCAAUGCAUUAGUUGACGUUAGCUAACAUUACUUAACAGCACUGCUGAAAACAGCCAUUAUACAGUGGUGCAGUCAGUACCAGUGUCGUCAUUUCUCAGAUAGAAUAAAAUAACUGCAAUAUUGGCACUGUGACCUCCCCCCCCCCCCCCCGAAUAGAAAAAUAGAAACAGCUAAAUUUGUGUUGUAGAGCCCCUAUAACUGUGUAGCCAAUGUUCUUGCAAGGGAAAAACAAUGGCAAACUUGCAUUUGUUCAAUGUGAAUGGAAUUAAAAUAACACUAAUGCUGCAGGCUGUGAGAAGAGAGUUGUCGCAGGAGUUUUAGCUGUCUUCCUUGUGUAGUUUGGAGUAUAUGAUUUGACAUUUACUCUUAGUGUUAGUGCAUCUGGUGCAAGCAUAAUGCAGCUCCCUUGCGACUCAUUUUAUUGCUCCAGCUAAAAAGCAAGCUUCUCUGCUUGCUGUAUACCAAGAUGCACAUGCAUGAUUAAUGCCCAUGAGCUGUUAAUAUGAUUGGCGGAGUGGUAUUGGCAUCUUCAGGGGAUCACCAGUGAGAAGCACCCAUCAACAUUUUGUCAGGUUUUUCUGUUUGCACGGGUAGCUUUUAUUUGACACGAAUGGGUCGGCUUGUGCUUGCCUAAACAUUUUCACCUGGGUAAAGCUCUGCAGCGGUACUGCUCAGUGACGUAACAGUGUUGAUACUCGUUGGCUAAGUAUGCCUGCAUACAAAAGUUUGCAGAGUGUGGCAUAGGCAAAAAACUGAAUUUGUACACAAACUAAGUUAAUGUCUUGGCAUUUAAAGCACCCUCCAGUGUUUGUGUACAAGCAUAGGUAACGCUUGUCAUACCCUGGCAGUGUGCCAAGGUGUUGAAACAAAUCUGUCCUGUGUUAUGCCUGUAGCUUUUGACUACAGGUGUGUUGCAUUUUCAUGGACAUGCUCGUCACUUAUUUACUGAAGACAAAAUAUAAAGUGCGAUAUUGUGCCACCGUCCUUAGGCUUGCACCUGUGGACUUUGAGUCCCUACAAUUCCAUUGCCUUCCUGAACUUGCUACUUGAGGUGCUCUACAGUGCCCUUCUGUCAGUGUUGCAGCAUGCAGUGUCAUUUGCCUUGAAUUAAUGCAGGCAUAAUGAAAAACUUAAAUGUGUCUGUUUUGGUUGCUGUGUGUGCUGCCACUGUUCUAAUGCAAAGUUGUACACUCUGCGUGGGGCAUGAAUGUCCUUUUCCUCAAGUGCUGGGAAGUAGCUGCAUGUGCACUUUUUCCUUCUCUCUCUUCUUUCUAAAGUGGCUGCCUGCUCUGCUAUGCUAAGGCAUUCUGCUGCUGACUACAAAGUUACAACGAGUUUGCUUUGGGGAAGUCUUGACUGUAUUCUGGUGUUGGGGAUGUGGAAGUAUGCUUGAGGAGGUGUGCUUAGUUUUCAAGUGCGCUGAAAGAGAACCCCAAGUGGUCAAAAUUAAUAUUGGUGAUCAAAAUUAUGAUUGAGUGCCUCCUCCUACGGCAUCUCUGGUAGUCCAGAUGUUUCUUUGCGACCAUGCAUUGAGAAGUGCAACAGGAAUUUUUUGUAUUUGGACAUGUUGAACACCAUUAUCAAUAGAAUCUAGUCUGUUAUGCUGGGGUGCUGCAUAAAUACACGAAUGUGGGUAAUGAACCACAGCGGUGCUGUAUGUAGUGCAGAAAAUUGAGCUGGCUUGCAAGGUCUGUACUUCACAGCACUCCUUGCACUUGUGGGAAAGGUUGUGUGGGCCUUGCACAAACAGUGUUAGAUGCUGCAUUAACUCAACAUGUUUCAAAAACCAUUAAACAUUGCUGACAAAUUGCAGAUACCUGGUUUUUCUCCCCCACAUUCUCUGCUGGCCAGUCAGCCAAAGAUGAACCACUACAAAGGUGCUUGCACUAUUGCAGAGGAGAAUUGUGCCAAACGUUUGUUAUGGCUUGUGUUUGUGUGAUUUACAUGGUUUUCUAGUGUGUUUCUUUCUUGCUACUUUGUAUUAUGGAGGCAGUGCUUGUCAGAUUCUUUUUUCCCCUCUUUUCAAAGCAUGCCCAUCUACAUUUUUCAUUGCAAUAGAAAUCAUGUUGUAGAAACAAUAAACAAGACUUUUAAAGCA